AUGCUACCGCGCAUUUCUCGCGCCGCUCUGGCGGCUUUCCUCCUAGCUUCUGUCGCGACUGCGCUCGCCCACGGCGAUGACGCGCACAGUCAUGGCAUGGACAUGGACAUGGACAUGGACAUGGGCCACGGGCAUGCCAUGAACACGUCCUCCCCGGAACAAAUGCAACCAGCUGAGCACGGGCCCAUGAGCUACUUCGCCUACGGGAAAUACACAGGCUGGAUCGUGGCGCACAUUGCGCUCAUGGUCGUCGCAUGGUGCUUUGUGUUACCAGCAGCUGUCAUGCUGAGCAUCGCGCGAUCACGCCUGGCGCUUCUACUGCAAUUCGCCUUCCUCGUCGUGAACGCGGUCGGUCUGUUUGUCGGAAUCGUCUACAACAGCCAGACCCCCGAUCUCUACGUGAACAACGCCCACCACAAGAUCGGCUGGAUCGCUACCCUGGUCAUCGCCAUUCAGGUCGUUAUGGCGCUGAUCUUCGCCUACGCUGGUCGAGGCGAGAAGACGGACGGAGAGCAGGACGCCUACGAGCGCGCCCAGUUCCUCCCCGUGUCCACCGACGACGAGAUGGCCGAGAGCCCGACGGCUUUGCCUGCUGGUAUCCGCCAUGAGUAUCGCUGGUCCAGGGACAGCGGGCAGGGCACGGAGCGGAACACGGCUUCGCUGCAUAGCCGGGCGAGCUCGUCUUGCACGUCGCCCGCGGAUGACUAUGAUGAUGGCUUUGUGAAGCCCGAGGAGGAGCUCCCUGAGCAGGGAACGCAGUCUCGUGGCUUCAUGGCUAACCGUGUCCUUGAUCGCUUUCUUGCCCGUCGUGUCCCAGCUUUGGUCCCUGGCCGUGCGCUUCGCGUCCUCGACUUUUUGUAUCAUGUUAUUGAUCGGGUGAUUUUGCCGUUUGGCUUUGUUGCUAUCGCUACUGGUGGUGUGACGUAUGGCGGUAUCAUGAGAGGCCGAGAGGUCUUCAACGGUCUUGCGCACUUCAUUAAAGGAGGUAUUUUCUUCUGGUACGGAAUCUUGACCCUCGGCCGCUUCAUGGGCUGCUGGGCAGACCUAGGCUGGGCCUGGAACGUCAAGCCCCCACGCGAGAUUGUCGGAUGGAAGGCAAAGAUCCGCAGCGGCGAAUUCACAGAAUCAGCCGUCAUCUUCUCCUACGGCGUGAGCAAUGUCUUCCUCGAGAACCUCAACAGCGGCGGCUCCUGGUCCCCCACCGACUUCGAGCACGUCUCAAUCGCCAUCAUGUUCUUCGGCGGAGGUCUAUGCGGGAUGCUCUUCGAGUCGAGGCACGUCAAGAACUGGCUGAACAGUACCAUCAUUCGCGCCCCGUCUCCCCUCGAAGCGCGUGAGUCUGGACACACCUCCUGGCGCACCCCGGACACCCAGGACGUCUCGCUCAACCCCAUGCCGGCCCUGGUCAUCCUCUUGCUAGGAAUGAUGAUGGGAUCUCACCACCAGAACAGCAUGACCUCGACCAUGAUCCACAAGCAAUGGGGGAACAUGCUUAUUGGCUUCGCCCUGGCCCGCGCCAUGACCUAUGUCCUGAUGUACCUGAAGCCUCCAACUUCGUACUUGCCUUCUCGCCCGCCAACCGAGAUCGUCGCAUCGUUCUGCCUGAUUGCCGGCGGUCUCAUCUUCAUGCUAAGCACCCGCAACGUCGUCGAAUCAAUCGAGUUCUACGAACUCGACGCAAUGUUCACCUUCACCGUCGGCAUGGGCUUCACGGCUUUCAUCAUGGCCUGCGAAAUCGUCCUUAUUUCCAUCAAGGCUUGGGCAGUUAAGCGCAAGGCUCGUCCUCAGCUUGCUCCCUUCCGCUUCCCGGCUUAA